AUGGCGUUCCAGGUUCUUAGCCGCAUAAAGCGUCUUCGAGACCCUCCUGACAAUAGGAAGACGCGCUCAGCUUCCCCUUCACCUAGACUAUCGCCCACCAUUAGAUCUCUGGCAAGUAACGGCAAAAACAUGGCAACAUCUAACGGAAUCCCACCAGAUGGAGACGUUGGUAAGGAAGAUAAGCCAGUUGAAAGCAAAGGAAUUACCUUCGCCAACCAGAACUCACUGCCGAAAUUGCCUAUACCUGAUCUUGAGUCGACUUGUUCGAAGUAUCUCGAGGCUUUAACUCCUCUACAGAGCACAAAGGAACACGAGGCCACGAAAGUUGCCGUGAAAGAAUUCAUGGAGGUUGAAGGGCCUGGCCUUCAGGAAAGACUGGAGAAAUAUGCUACUUCCAAGUCUAGUUACAUAGAGCAAUUCUGGUAUGAUUCUUACCUGAAUUUUGACAACCCUGUCGUACUCAACUUGAACCCCUUCUUCCUGCUGGCAGACGACCCAACGCCAGCAAGGAACAACCAGGUAACGAGAGCAGCCUCUUUGGUCGUGUCUGCCUUGUCAUUUGUCCGUGCAGUACGUAAAGAGGAGCUUGCACCUGACACAGUACGCGGCAAGCCGCUUUGCAUGUUUCAGUACUCGCGGCUGUUUGGAACAGCACGGGUACCUACGCCAAAUGGUUGUGUAAUUGGUCAAGACUCCGCAUCGAGACACCUCGUUGUGCUAUGCCGGGGUCAGUUCUACUGGUUCGAUGUCCUGGACGAGGACAACAACCACCUGAUGAGCGAAAAAGAUAUUUCAAUGAAUCUCCGGGUGAUUAUUGACGACGCGGAACAAACGCCAGCCCAGGAGGCAGCCAAAGGGGCUGUUGGUGUCUUGAGUACCGAGAAUAGGAAAGUCUGGUCACAACUGAGAGACAUUUUGACCCAAGAUGGCAGCUCAAACAAUGCAGAGUGCCUAAAUAUUGUUGACACCGCAUUGUUUGUGCUCUGCUUGGAUUCUACUGAGCCAUCCAAUGUGGCAGAACUUUGCGGGAACAUGCUUUGCGGUACAAGUCAAAUCGUUCGAGGGGUGCAGAUUGGAACAUGCACGAACAGAUGGUAUGACAAACUGCAGAUUAUUGUUUGCAAGAACGGUAGCGCAGGUAUCAAUUUUGAGCAUACUGGCGUGGAUGGGCAUACGGUCCUUCGCUUUGCCAGUGAUGUCUACACGGAUACCAUCCUCCGUUUUGCCAGGACCAUCAAUGGCCAGGCACCGAGUUUGUGGGCGUCCAGCAGCCCUCCGCCAUGCAAACGCGACACAUCCAACAGGCUGGACGACGCCAGCACGACGCCUCACAAACUCGAAUGGGAAAUGGGACCCGAGCUAAGCACGGCGCUGCGGUUUGCAGAGUCCCAUCUAGCAGACCUGCUGCGUCAACAUGAGUUCGAGGCCCUGGAUUUUGCGGGGUACGGGAAGAAUUUUAUUACCAGCAUGGGCUUUUCUCCAGAUGCGUUCGUGCAGAUGGCGUUCCAGGCGGCAUAUUAUGGCCUAUACGGACGUAUCGAAACGACCUAUGAGCCUGCGAUGACAAAGUUCUUCCUACACGGAAGGACAGAAGCCAUCCGUACUGUCUCCGCUGAAUCGACGGAGUUUGUUAAGACAUUCUGGGGCGACAACCCGGCGAUAGAGAAGGUGAGGGCUCUCAAAAGAGCCUGCGAGAAGCAUGUAGAUAUGACGAGGGCAUGUUCAAAGGGACUGGGCCAGGACAGACACCUCUAUGCACUCUACUGCCUAUGGCAGAGAUCCCUUGGUGACGGCGCAGCAGUGUUAAUUUGGGACGGCGAAUCGCCUGCAGCAGCUGAUAUUGCGGAGGAAGUGCAGAGCAAGAGCAGCACGCCCAACUCUCGCAGCCGCCUGACGCCAACCACACCAGCGCUCUUUAGCGACCCAGGAUGGGACAGAAUCAACAACACCAUCCUCUCGACGUCGAACUGCGGGAACCCUGCACUGCGCCAUUUUGGAUUUGGGCCGACGUCCGGCGACGGAUUUGGAAUUGGCUAUAUCAUUAAGGAUGACACGAUAUCUAUCUGCGCAUCCUCUAAGCAUCGACAGACGAGCAGAUUCAUGGAUACGCUGGAUUCAUAUCUGGUCGAGAUUCGCAAACUGCUGCGAGCCACAGACCAGUCAAGAGUCAAGGCCAAAGCGGCUGUCUCCGACUCCACCCAGAAACAGGCUGGAGCAAAGUCUGAGCGAAAGGGACGAGGACGGGUGAUUCGAACGGAAUCCCUGAGUAACAUGGAUGGCAGCGAGAGUGGUGACGACGAUGGAAUGGGCGGCUACGGGUUCUUUGAUGCAGGAAUGCUUCUGCAUGCAUUGAAGGGAGCGAGAACGGGCGAAAGAGAAGACAGCAAGGCGUCCUCCCCCCGACGCCUGGUAGGAAAAAGCCUGAAAUUCGACGAAUACUAA